UGCGCCACCCUCAUGAGAUGAAGAUCAUCAAAUCAUCAGAAGUAAAAUUAUCGUUCAGUUUCGUCCAAUCUUGUACAAUACCAUUUGGCUUUUACCCGCUUUGACGAAAAGAGUGCACAGUUACUAACUUUCGUAUUUUCAUAUUAACUGUGUUACGUUAAAGUUUACCGUUCAUGCCUAGUGGUCGAGUGAGAGUAGUUAUGUAGUGAAGCUCACUUUAAACCUUGUUUUAUAUUUGGAGAUAUCAAGCCCUUAUUAUUUUUUCCCUAGUCUUUAAUUAUCAUCUGACCGUUAGUAAAGUUCAUACUUUACUUUAGCAGCUUCAAAGAAACCUGUAAACCAAAGUGAACUGUUGCAGACUAGACAAUCCUUACCUGUGUGGAAACAUAAGGAUGUAUUGAUUGAUACUAUUAUGAAAAGUGAACAUUGUGUUAUUGUUGGGUCAACAGGGUCUGGUAAAACUACCCAGAUUCCUCAGUUUUUAUAUGAAAAGAAUUUAACCAAUGGGGGGAUUAUUGCAAUAACUCAGCCUAGGCGUGUCGCUGCUAUAAGUGUUGCACUACGUGUUGCAGAUGAAAUGGAUCGUGGUCCUGUUGGCAUCGGACCAGUUGGUUAUAGUGUAAGAUUUGAAGAUAUGUCAAGUGAAAAGUCCACACAUUUAAAAUAUAUGACUGAUGGUAUGCUAUUACGUGAAGCUAUCCUAGAUCCUAAUCUCUCACGUUAUCGUUUUAUUAUCUUGGAUGAAGCUCAUGAACGCAGUUUGAAUACUGAUAUAUUAUUCGGAGUAGUUUUAUCCGCGGCGAAAAGACGUUCAAAACUUAACUCUCUUCAACAAAAUCUUAAUAAUACCCUUCUGCCUAGUAAAUUAAAUGGUAUAAGGAAAGACAUUCAACAUAACAAAAAGUUCCUUCCUUUGUUAAAGAUCAUUGUUAUGUCAGCUACAAUCGAUCCAACGCCUUUUUUAAAUUUCCUUGGCCCAGAUCAUACUCAAGUUGUAUACAUAGAAGGUCGACGGCAUCCUAUAAAGAUCUUGAAUGUUUCUCAGUCUUUAACAGAUUAUGUGGCGGAUGCAGCUUCUGUUUGUAUUCGGAUUCACAAUUCAAAGAAUUCUCCUUUAGACCGUGGUAUUUUAAUUUUUCUAACUGGUGAAGAAGAGAUUAUGCGAUGUUGUUCCUUAAUCAAACAAUUAUCUCAUUCAACAAAUAUUGAUCAAAUAGAUUCAACUAAAAAUAGACUUGUAGUAUUUCCACUUUUCUCAUCAUUACCUCAGAUCCAACAGUUGAAAGCAUUAAAUUUUUGUGAUAAUAAUGCGCGUAAAGUGAUUGUCAGUACAAAUUUAGCAGAAACAUCCAUCACUAUCCCAGGUGUACGUUAUGUGAUAGAUUGUGGGCGCGCAAAAAUAAAAGACUGGGAUCCUAAAACCGGGUUUGAAUGUCUUCGUGUUCAAUGGAUUUCCAAAGGACAAGCAUGGCAGCGUUCAGGUCGUGCUGGACGUGAGGCAGCAGGUGUUUGUCUUCGAUUAUAUACUGAUUCAGAAUAUAAAAAUAUGCCACUUCAACCUAGACCGCAAAUGUUGCAAGCUCCACUUAGUGGAGUUUUACUGAACCUUGUAUCUAUGAAUAUAAAGAAUCCUACCCAAUUUCCAUGGCUAUCUUCGCCUAAACCGUCCUCUAUUGAAGCUGGGAUCAAACUACUUCUUCAGUUAGGUGCUGUUGUAGUGGAUGAUGAUGAAGUAGAACCGUUAUCUUCCAAAUGCGUUCAAGAGGCAAUAACUAGCACGGAUUCAAAUAAAUUAAAUGAUUCUGUAAAAAUUCCCUACCCACUCUCUCUAACAGUUCUUGGACGACUUAUGUCAGCUUUCCCAUUGGAGCCAAGAUUUUCCAGAACAUUGAUUUCUGCCGCUUAUUUAGGUUGUCUAAUCGAAAUACUAAGUAUUAUAAGUAUGCUUUAUGUUUGUCCUGUGUUUUAUGUGCCAGUUGAGAAACGCAAUGAAUUUUCAGAUGUUCAGUCUCGGUUUCGUCAUCCAUCUGGUGACCUCGUCAGCCUUCUUUUAGUUUAUCGUGGAUUUAUUAAAGCUACUAAAGAUGCUCGUUCAGAGAAAUCAGUCAAUUCGAAAAAUUCUCAAUCAAAUAUAGAUUCUUCUACACAGUCUCCGUCAAAAUGUAAAUUGUCCAAGCGUAAUUCAAAGCUUCAAUGGUGUCGUGCUAAUUUUAUAAACAGAUCUCGUCUAGAAACAGCUGUACGUGUACGUGGUCAACUAAAACAGAUUACCCAAAGUACAGGAUUGACUAAUUAUAUGCAUUCAUGUGGAACAAAUGUAGAAAAAAUUGUGCAAGCCUUUCUUUUGUCAGGUUUUCAAGACCAGGUUGUAAUUCUUUCUGAAUUGUCAAAAAUGUACAAAGGUGAUACUCAACGAUUGAUUAAAAACUCUCGGCAUCCCGUAUAUGUACAAAAUAAAACCAUCAAUUUGUCAACAAAUUCACCUCAGGAAUUGUUGAUUCAUCCAGAAUCGCAAUUAUACACAUCUUCAUUGAAUAAUCCACCUCCAUGUUUACUCUUCAUUGAAGCUGUGACAAGUAGUGAAUACAAAUUUCAAUGUAACAAUCCAAUUGAACAAAAUGAUCGUGUAUUUAUGCGACAUGUCUCGAUAAUUGAUCAGUCAUGGUUAUCACUUACAGAAAAUAUACCGAAAUCAAUAUUGAUCAAUUGUCCGUCAAAUCAAACAAAUAGAAAUUUCCCAUUAAAAAUGAAAAUAACUUCAUCUGACUUUGAACAGCCGCCUUCUAACAAAAAGCGUCGAACUAUUCAUAAUAAUAACGAUAAUAAUAAUAAUAAUGGUAAUGACAAUAAUACUAAUAAUGAAUUGACACCGUUACAACCGACUUUAAAGUAUAUAGCUCCCAAUAAUAGUAACGAUAACAGUAGUAGUACAAAUAUUCGUAUGAACAAUACUUCAUCAACAAAUUGUAAUGGAAUAAUAAGAUCUGAGCAUAUCAAUCGGCUAUCUGAAAAUAUGUGCACACAAUUAAGUCGUAGCCAAAAACGGCGCCUCGCCAAACGUCGAAAACGAUGUUUAACUCUCCCACUUGUAAAUAAUGAUGAUAAUAAUACAAAUUAAAGUUGGUUGCAUAUGUAUUUUUAUGUAUAUGUGAUUGUUCAGUACUCUUUCAUUUUCUUCUCUCCUUUCAGAUCCUUUUGUAUAUUUACCUACGAUGUUUUUUUUUUACUUUUUCUCUUUACAUAUUUAUGCAUUCAAGAUUAUCUACCGAAAAUUCAAUAAACAACAAUGAUUUUGCUUAACACAUUCAUAGAUUAGAACAAUAUUAUUGAGUCAUUCUGCACAUAUUAUGCACCGAGUUCGUUUAUAUUUUCUUAUCAC